UAGAGUAUACCUCUUCAUCGGAGGAACCUGUAUUGUGUGAUCGUGGAGGAGGUAUUAGUUGCGGAAGAGAUGAUAGUAGUUGUGGAGGAGGUGACGAUGGUGGUAGUUGUGGAGAAAAUGUCAUUGAUGGUUGUGGUGACGAUGGUGGUAAUGGUGAUUGUCGUGGUGAUGGUCGUAAUGGUGAUCGUGAUGAUGAUCGUGGUGAUG